UCUCUUCUUCUCUUCAUCAAAUAUCUUUUUUUCUUCAUCAUCAUUUCUCACACAUCUAUUGUUUUAUCUCUUCUUUUGUUUAAAGUAACUUAGUCUAAAUCACGAGAUAUUGCAGUUUCCUGAAAAAAAUGGAAUUUGUGAAUAGCUCUACACCAAGAUAUGACUGUCUCCUCUUUGAUUUGGAUGAUACUCUUUAUCCUUUAAGCUCUGGUUUAUCACAAGCAUGCGCCAACAACAUCAUAGAAUUCAUGGUUGAGAAGCUUGGAAUAGAUGAAGAGGGAAUAGAUGAAGAGGGAGUCGUUGAACUAAACCAAAUUCUCUAUAAGAAAUAUGGAACUUCAAUGGCUGGUCUAAAGGCUGUAGGUUAUGAAUUCGACAACGAUGAGUACCACAGUUUUGUUCAUGGAAGAUUACCUUAUGAAAACCUUAAACCGGACCCGGUUCUAAGAAAUCUCCUCCUCACUCUACCUUUGCGAAAAUUGGUUUUCUCGAACGGAGAUGAAGUUCAUGUGACCAAGGCGCUAAAGAGGCUCGUGAUCGAAGAUUGUUUUGAGAGAAUCAUAAGUUUCGAGACCUUAAACCCUAAGAUCAACGAGACUUUAGAUUACCUUCCUGAGAUCCCGGUUAUCUGUAAACCAGCAGAGAGUGCAUUCGAGAAAGCCUUCGACAUUGCACAGCUCAAUCCUCACACAACCUUGUUCUUCGACGACAGUGUACGUAACAUCCAAACCGGAAAAGCCUUGGGUCUCCAUACAGUCCUGGUUGGUAAAUCCGAAAAAGUGGAAGGAAGUGAUCACGCGUUAAAGAGCAUUCAUAACAUGAAAGAAGCAUUUCCGGAGUUAUGGUCGGAAUCCAUCAACAAAAAAUCUGAAAGAAUUGGUUAUGCCACACGGAUCUCGAUUGAAACUUAUGUGCAAGCUUAAUUAUUUAACAUGUUUAUUUUUAGUUUCUUAAAAAAGUUUACAUAUAUAUAUAUUGUUGGAACUCGUUUUUUGACAAAAUGGUUUUAGACCAUAUUUCGGUAAGUUUCUGGGAGAAGACGUUCGUCGGAAUAACCGAAUGUUUGACACUAACCACAUGUCAAAAUCGUAGUGGUUUGAAUGAGAAAUAGAGAUUUAA